AUAGCUUUGUUAUUGUUUAUCAUUAUGAUUUGUAUAUUAUUAUCUAGCGCAUUAAGUGUAUUUAUGUGCUUAUAGAAACUACUUACGUCUAGAAAAGACAAAACCAAAAACUAAAACAAUUAUUUCAAUAAAGUGUGGAAAAUGCCCGUAGCCGACUUUUUCAUAGACAAAAAUGUAUUCAUUACUGGUGGCAGUGGAUUUCUAGGAAAAUUGUUGAUAGAAAAGCUUUUAAGAUCUUGUCCAGGUAUUGGAAAAAUAUAUGUACUUUUAAGACCAAAGAGAGGUAACUCGAUUGAAGAGCGUCUUGAGAAAGUUCUCGAAUCACCGGUAUUCAAUCCAUUGCGUCAUCAAAAUCCAGAUGCAUUCAAGAAACUGAUCCCCAUUAAAGGCGAUGUGUCUGAAUUAAAUUUAGGUAUAAACAAAGAAGAUCGAGAAUUACUAGUUAACACUGUAAAUAUAAUAUACCAUUCGGCAGCAUCAGUACGUUUUGAUGACUUCUUAAAAGACGCCAUUAUUUUAAAUGUUCGAGGAACGAGAGAGGUUGCAAAAUUAGCCCUGGACUUAAAGAACAUCUCAAUAUUCGUGCACAUAUCAACUGCUUACAGCAAUUGUGAUAAACUGGUAGUAGAAGAAAAACUGUAUCCAGCCCUUGCAAACUGGAGGGAUGCUAUUAAGAUAGCCGAAGAAUGUGAUCCAAAAACGUUAGAGGUUCUUUCUCAAAAAUAUAUUUCUCCAUUACCCAAUACAUACACGUUUGCUAAGUCUUUAGGAGAACAUGUUAUCAAUGAAUUGUGCCAAGGAAAGAUACCAGUUGUAAUAACAAGACCAUCUGUAGUAAUUCACACACUAUCAGACCCAAUUGAAGGAUUUACCGAUAAUUUUAAUGGACCAAAUGGAUUAAUUACUGCUGCAGGAACAGGUAUCAUAAGGAUAAUUUAUGGCGGUAAAGAUGCCGUAGUAGAUUAUAUACCAGCCGACUACGUUAUAAAAGGAAUCAUAUUGGCAACCGAAUCACAAGGAGUAAAAAAGUGUUAUGAUACUAUAGAAAUUUACAAUAUCUCCUGUAACCAUAUAGCUUGUGUUACCCUAGAAGAAAUGGUAAGAUUUGGGGAUAAAGUUUGUAUGGAAAACCCAUGUUCGAAUAUGUUACGUUAUCCGAAAGUGGCUUUAACAGAAAAUUUUUAUAAAUUUUACAGUGAAGUAGUAAUAUCCCAUAUGCUACCGUCAUUACUUGUUGAUUUGAUUUUAAGAAUGAUUGGGCAGACACCAAGGCUAGUUCGUAUACAAAGAAAAAUUUAUAUAGCAGCAACUGUACUGGUUCCUUUCAUGACCAACACGUUUUACCUUUUAAAUGAUAAAUUUAUAAACAUGCAAAAAAAAUUAAAAGAAGAAGAUUAUGCAUUUUCAUUUAACUACCUACCUUGGACUGACGAUGAAAAAUACGAAUACAUCCAUCGGGGUAAAUUUGGUAUUGAAGCACAUCUGUUAAAAAUCAAAUCUGGUAUUACUGGAGCAAAAGCUAAGAGGCUGCUGAUGAAGUAUUGGCUGCCAGAAAUGAUAUUUAAAACGAUAGUCUUCUGUUUAUUUUUGUGGAUUUUUUUGUACAAAUUGAACUUUUUUAAUUUAGUUGCUGCUAAAACCAUUUGUUAUUUUAAAAAUUUAGGUGUCGAAACAAUAUAAAAUGUACCUAUAUACAAAAUAAAAACUUGUAAAAAUCGA